GUAGCCGAAGUAAGCCUUAAACAAAGCGCACAGAUUGCUGCGCACAAGCUACUUGAAGGAGCCGUCACGGAUUGCAACCUAACUGCCGAUGAUGCUUUUUUGAAUAAAGGAGUGCUUAGUACGCUUUCUAAAGUGGAUAACGUUGCGAAUUUCUGCUGUGACUGUGCAAAAGCCGCUCAUAAAGAGAUGCACAGAUCCUGGUUCAGUAGAAGUGCGAUACCCAAGCAUUAUAAGAGCAUAUAUGUUAAUGGUUUUCUCAAACGUAGCACGGAUUCGAUUGCGGGAUAUCUUUAUGAGAUGAUUCCCAACAUUAACCAGUACACGCUCGGAUGCUCUCUGGCAGGCAGGAGCUUUUUCAAUGUCUUCGGUCUCCUUGGCAGGAAAGUCUUAUGUCUGUAUGUGAGAAACGACUUGAGCAGCUUCUAAGAAAAACUAGUCUGACAGGAAAUUUCAUGGGAUUUUUUCUUAUUCGUUUUGUUUUCUAUUUGAAGACCAGAAGUAUGUUGAAGUGC